UUGAAAUUCAGCGGCUGUUUGUUUUGCUUUUAGCGUUAUUUUUUGUUUUUCACUAAUUCAAAUAUUAAUGUGACGAAGUAACAGAGUCCGUUUGAUUUUGAUUGAUAUUCUUUAUAAUUUUUGCAACAAAAUGAUCAAAACAUCUCCUUGGUGUGGUGGAACAGAAGAAGAAUAUGAAACGCAACAUUUCGGUUUUGGUGCACAGCGUCUCAAAAUUGCGGUACGCCAAAUGGUUGAACAAAAGAUCAAAACAGGGGUAAAAGAUAUGGAAUCAUAUUUGCAUGAAUCACUGGAUCUUAAUGAUACUGAUAAGUCUACAUUAACACGUUCCUGUGAUAAACUAAUCGGACUUUACUGUGAACGUGCUGGUCCUUCUCUGGAGAUAAUUGAUAAAGAGAUAGAGAGGGUCUUAGAAAUUCCUCAAAAUGUAUUAUUGUGUGAAGAUGAAGUGCAACUCCAAGAUUUGUCUGAUGCAGAUUACGAAAAAUUAAAAGAUGAAGUAGCCUUGCUUCGGAAAAGUGUUGAGCGUGGAGCUUUAAUGGAAGCGUUACUCACAGCAGAAGAAGAAGAGCUAACAACACUAGAAAAAGUGUGUGAAACUGCUAAAAAAGACAUGGAGGUAUUGGAUCAAUUAUCAAGGUAUACUGAAACCAGUGACUCAAUUAAAACUAUCCAGCAUGAAAUGCAAUUCUUAUGUGCAAGUGUCCCGUUCAUGAAAAACUCAGAGGAGAUUAAUAUUUUUGAUGAUUAGCUGAUCUUUAUUGUGGCUCUAAUUUAAUAAUUAAAAUUAAUAUAAUUGUUCAUUCAGCAG